GUUUUUAAGCUCGGGGGAUAAUUAUUUUGGGGGAAAAUAGUUUCAGACUUAAAAAACGUGACUGUAUGGAAAUUAAAGGAAGGUUUCGAAGUUAUUAGGAGUUUAGGACUUGGAGGUGGUUGUUUGUGUGUAAACUUGGACUUUUUGGACACCUCAAGUUAAGCCUUAAAAAAAAAAACCUAGGCACGUCAAAAAAAGGCUAACCACGUGGAAUGAGAAUAUCCCUGAGACAGUUUCAAAAGAGUCAUAGGGAUUUAAACAGGUAAAUUAAGCAGUUUUUGACGUUGGCUGAGUCUACGAUGAAAGUCGAAGGAGGAAACACGUUCGUGCAGAAGAUCAACCCGCUGACUGGCUACAUCGGCUGGCAGCUGAUGGACGAGAACUACGACUACCAUCAGGAAAUCGCAUGUUCCAUGUACGCUGACAUGCUCCAUGACACCGAUAGGAACAAAAAGUAUUAUGCAGCCCUCAAAAAGGCGAUUGAAAAGAAACAUUCCAUGGGGCAGAAAGCGAACAUUUUAGACAUCGGUACCGGUACUGGACUUUUGAGUAUGAUGGCCGCCAACUGCAAAGCCGAUUCGAUCGUCGCUUGUGAAGCAUUUUUGCCAAUAGCCAAGGUUGCGAGGAGAGUCAUAGAAGACAACUGUCUGUCGUACAAUAUUAAAGUGGUUCAUAAAAGAUCGACGGAAUUGAAGGUUGGCCCUGGCCUGGAUAUGGAGUUCAGGGCGAAUAUACUCAUCACUGAGGUAUUCGACACUGAACUGAUAGGAGAAGGAGCUGUCGAUACUUUCAAUCAUGCCAACGAACACCUUCUUGAGAAAGAUGCAAUCAUUGUUCCAUGGACGAGUAAAUUGUACGCUGUCGCUCUUCAGAGCGAGCUUUUGGCUUCUUGCAACCGAAUCCCCGAGUUCGUCCCUUUGGACCCGGAUCCGAUAAAAAUCCCGAGGAAUAUUGUCUCUUGCACAGGGACGGCAGGCGUGCAUGACCUUCAGCUCAGCCAAGUGCCGAAGAACGAAAUAAAAAUCAUGUCCGAACCUGUUCAUGUUUUCAAUUUUGAUUUUUAUAAAAAAAUUGAGCAUAAUCGGCUUCAAGAGGUGGACUUUAAGUGCGUUCAGGAUGGGCGGAUCGAUUCAAUCGGAAUGUACUGGACGUUGGACAUGGAUCAGGAGGGCGAGACGGUCAUUUCUUGUGCGCCGUCUUUCAUCGAGGAGACGCCAUGGCGAGACCAUUGGAUGCAGGCCGUAUACCACCUUCCGACUAGUGUCGAAGUGGCCAAGGGUGAACAGGUCAAACUUUACGCCCAGCACGACCAAUUCUCCCACGCUUUUCACAUUCAAAAAGACUGCAUGAAAAAACCAGAUCUGUCAUGGCCAGCUUGCAACUGUAGGUUGCACAUGAGAACCUCGAGGACUAGGCUUUAUUGGAUGAAUGACAAAUUAAAAUGGAAAAAAUAUGUCAACGUCCUUAGAAAAUUGCCGACAGGAAAGACAAUAUUGUAUCUAGGUGAUAUUUCCUUGUUGCCGAUCGCUGCGGCUAAAUUAGGCGCUAAAAAAGUGAUCAGUAUUCAGGACAAUAUAUUUUCUUUUAAAGUCAUGAAAUCUAUCAUCGAGUCUAACGGUCUAACGGAUGUCAUUGAAUUGCUAGAUAGCUACAAGGCAAAUAUCGGAGAGGUCGAUUAUGUCGUAUCAGAGCCGUACUUUACAGAUUCCAUAUUUCCUUGGGAUGGAGCGAGGUGUUGGUAUUUGUCCAAAAGACUCGCCCCGAAUGCUAAAUGUUUACCUUCCAAGCUACGUAUCAUGGGGGUGCCGAUGCAGUUUGAUAAUUUGCAUAAGAUUAAACUCCCUUUGGGAAAAGUUGAGGGAUUUAGGAUGGACUCGUUCGACAGACUGAUACAGAAUUCCAGCGACAGAAGCUGCCCGGAUGUUGACGUCCAACCGCUUUGGGAGUACCCAGGGGUGUGUUUGUCCAAGCCGAAACCGCUCAUGGAGUUCGACCUCAAUGCGGAUUCGCCCGAAAGUCAAAUAUUGGAUAGUGGAGAGAUUGAAUUCACCCGUGAAGGCUCGUGCCACGGCGUAGCGCUCUGGGCCGAUUGGGACUUCGGUUCCGAGGUGAUAAGCACCGGGAUUGAUGAAAAUGAAAAAUGGGACAUCGGGACUAAACAAGGCGUCUACUUCAACCGUAAACCAUCUAGCGUAACCUGUGGAUUGAAAAUGGAUUAUGAAGCGACACUUUUCCCACAAAUGGGUUGCAUACAUUUUAAAUUUGAUUUUCCAUUAUAACAGACCAUUGUUCAUUGUUUUAUUUAUAUUUUUGUUUUUGUUAUUCGCGACAAGCUUUAAUGUAUGUUUUGUGUAUUUUAACAUAAUUUGA